AUGGUAUCAAAUGUAUUACAUCCCUAUUACUAUAGAAAUUUUACAUACGUAAUUAUAAAAGAUACGGAAAAAUUAUAUGGAACAGAUAUUGGCAAAUCAUUUUAUAAUCGGGAAUUUAGUUUUACAUUAAAUGGAGAUGUUUGUUCAAGAUAUAAUUCUUACAAUAGUGUUGAGGAAUUAAAGAAAGAUAUUAUAAAUAAAUGUCCUGAAAAAAUAGACAUCGGAACAAUCUACACUGCCAUGUCUUCUGUUCUUGAUAGUGCUGACAUGCAAGGUAAUACUGAUGGCCAUACUUUAUCAACCUCAACCUAUAAUCAGCAAUGA